AACGGCUCAAAGCGGGUAAAAGGCGAGCAACCGGCCAUUGAAACGAGAAAAGGUAGGCAACAGAACGAAAACAGCAGCAGCAGCAGCCAUGUCGUUCAUGAGAGGAGAUCUGCUAACGAGAACUAGAAAGCUCGUCAAGGGCUUGGCCAAGACCGAGCCUAUUUGGCUUAAGGCCAUGGAACAGGCACCGCCUGCGACAUUUCCUCGGGCGGAUGGAAAAGUUCAGAAGAUUAGUCUACCUGAGGAUCCUUAUAUAAAUAAGUUCUUCAAGAAGCAUCCAGAUGCCAAACUUGAAGAUACUAUCAAGGUUUGUGGUUUUGAUCCGUCUCCAGCACGUGUAUUUGGUAUGCGGGUGCUUGAAUUGAAGGAGCAAGGAGUUCCUGAGGAGGAAGCUAUGGCUUUAGCUAAUAUGGAAUAUGUGGAAGAGAGAAAGGCAAAAAAGAAGGCUUAUGCACGAUUGAAACAAAUUGCUCAUAUUCAGGGCAAAAGACCUCCCCGUAAUCCAUAUCCUAGUGCCAUUAAAGAAAUACAAGCUGAGGAGAGGAAGUUUGUUCAUGACCGUUUCUUCAAUCCCUCGACCCGGCAAAUUGUUAACAGGCUGAAAGAAGAGAGGUUCGCUGAAAUCCAGGACAGACAAAGAGGGGGCUGGUAAUACUAGAGCGGCUUUAUCUUUAGCUUCCUAUAGCGUUGCUUGCAAUAAUUUAUAUGAGUUGGCGAGCGACAAGAGAUAUUAUAUCUGACUUUAUGUUUUGCUUGAUUAAAUCUUUUUAGACUUGCAUGUUUUACAUCCCCCUCUCCCCUCCCCCCCCCCCCCCC